GCCAUUUAGGAUAAUCGAGCAAAUAUCAGUCAUCUCUAGGCAACGAUAGCAGCAACAAAGUGCUACCAGACUGGAAAUAAAUAGUUGGCACAUCGAGACUAGCCGUUUGGGACUGUUUGCUACUGCGUGGACACUCUAUCAAUUCUUUGCAAUGCCGAGGAAAAUGUUCUCAUUCGGCGCUGUACUGCUGCAGUUGAUCACGGCAUUUAGUCAUUUGAGUGCUUUGGAGAUGCCCCUGGAGUUGAUGCACGAAAACUCCAAGCCGAUGGAUUAUUCACGACACCUUUUGUUCCCUUCGCACUCGGACAGCGUUGUCGAGAUACCGCCGAGCAUUGAGGAUGAAUACGGCUUUAUUCCGAAGGUUUCUUCUGGUGAAGAGAAGGAAUAUGCGGAGGACGAAUCAAACGCAAAGGGUGUGGCCCCAAACUGGAUAGAGGCGCACAUGGCGCAGCACGAGCCCAAACAUAAACACCCAAAGCACAGCCAUUCCCAUCGACAAGGACACGCGCCCGGCUCUACGCCCUCCAUCCGACGCUGUUCCAUUGAGAUCAGCAGCAAAAUACCGGGUAUUUGCCAGUCGAUGGCCUAUGUAAACGGCAAUGCCUGUGUUUCGGGCGACUACAUCGAUGUCUUCAAUGCCGAGUGCAUGUAGGGUGGAUAGCUGCCCAAGGAUCGCAAAGUGUUGGCACACAAUGCAGGAGUACACAUUUUCUUACCUUUCUCAACUGUUCACCUAUUCUUAGUUCCGUUACAUCGUUAAAAUUGUAUUGAAACGUCAAUAAAUGUAGUUGUUAAAUGGCAAAAGACCGUAUGCAAA